AUGGAAGGUGUUACAGGUAUCAUGGAACAUGGUCUUACAGGGCUAAAAGAUGAACAAUGGGAAAAUGCUCGAUCCAUCGUUUCACCAGUGUUCUCUACAACAAAACUCAAAGCAAUGUACGGUCUGAUGAAUGAAAUUAGUGACAUGUAUAACAAACGUCUUCUUGAAUAUGCUGAUAAACAAGAAAUAUUUGAUGUCAAAAUGCUGAAUGGUCAAUAUACUCUUGAUAAUAUUGCUUCUUGUCUAUUUGCUCGUCAUUUGAGUGCGAAAGGUUAUUCAAUAUUACUAAGAGAUACUAUGAACUAUUUAACACAAUUAAUUAAUCAAAUAUUAGCAUAA